AUGACGGAACCCGGAAGUCGCGGUGGCCAUAGCCCUCGGUUCGGCGGAGACACAUCCCGGGAGCGGGAGCGGGGAGCGGGAGCGAGGAGGAGCGCGCCGCGCCGAGACUCUGAUAUGGAGCGAGUGCGAUCGGACUGCCCCGACCGGGGAGGGGGGGCCGGGGAGGCGGAGGGCGCGAGGGGGAGGGGAGGCAGGAGCCCAGCAAACCGGAGCAAAUCAGCAAGCCAGCUCUUCCGCGGGGACGGCGGGGGGUGGGAAGGAGGGAGGGAGGAGAGAAACGAGAGAGGGAGGGAGGGAGGGAGGGAGGGAGAGAGAGAGAGAGAGAGAGAGAGAGAGAGAGAGAGAGAGAGAGAGAGGAGUUUGUGCACGCGCGCGCGCGAGCGAGGAAAGAGGGAGAGGGAGAGAGAGAGCAUGAAGAGGACAGGGAGAGCACAGAGAGGAAAACUGCAGAAAACCACAGGGAAAGUACGGUACAGCCUCAGAUCUUUUAAUAUUUUUUUUAAAAAAAAGAAACUUACUUCUAGUUUAUUUUCCCAUCACUCCGGGCUCAUGCCUAACGGGGUCGUGUUGGGAACGUGUGGCAUGGCGCUCUGGCUUUUGUUCCUUUUAAUUCCGACGCCCCUACUCUUCUGCGAGCCGAUCACAGCGCCCCGAGGCUCUCUGCUCACAUCCAGGGCAGCAGGCUCCGCGCACGGUACCGCCGCCGGACUGGAGGCUUUCCUCUUCUCUUCUCUUUUCUUUUCUUUUCUUUUCUUUUCUUUUCUUUUCUUUUCUUUUCUUUUCUUUUCUUUUCUUUCUUUUUCUCCUUUUCUUUUCUUUGCUUUUCCUUUCUUUUUUCUAAGUGGCACUUUCUUCCCGGUGCAGAUCCAGGACCCUUGUCAGAACUCAUUUUUUCUUUCCAGGUUAAGAAGAAACCAGCUAAACUCAGAGAGCUUUGCGGAUCAGGGCCACCCUGGAGAAUCUUUGGGGGCCGCUGCGGACUCGGGUGGGAGGAAAUGGGGAGGGAGUUGUUUGGGCAUUUCAUGUCUGAUUUCGCCACGGAGUGGUGUGUGUGUGUGUGUGUGUGUGUGUGUGUGUGUGUGCUCGCGGGCACGCGCGCGCGUCUCCGCACUAGGUCUCCCUUGAAGCUGGAGAGCCAGAAGGGAGAGAGGGACCGAGAGGAUGUCCCGGGAGGAGGACGGGCCGGUGCUCCCCGCCCAGCUUUGUUGUGGUCACCCCGGGCGCAGAGGCUUCCGCGCGGCCCCGCCAGCUAAUGGCCUUGUUCAUUCCCCGAGGCAGUUUCGUGGGAUCGGGAGGACCGGGCCGACUUGGAACGAACUUUUCUAACAUGGAAAAGGAGAGGAGGGCAGGGGAGGCGAGGUAACCGUCCCGCACCGCUUGUGCAGAAAGAAAGUAGUUCUGGUCGGCGUCUUGCCCAAUCGCCGGCCCAAGCCGCACCUACCCUCACCUCCGCGCCCAGGGCUUCCCGGCGGCCGCGCGUCAAUCACCCCGGGCCCGGGCUGGGGGCGGGGCCACGGCCGCCCCGCGCUGCGCGCAGCCCCCGCCGCCCGCCGCCCCCUGCGCUCCGAGCCUGCCCUCUGCCCAACUCCGCGCUGUAGCCUGCGUCCUAGGCUCCCCGGCCCAGAAAAUCGAACACGGACUGUUCCCCAACAGCCACCUCCCUCCAACUUUGAACCCUUUCUGGGGAGUAGAAAGUAGUACAUCCACCGUGCGACUUUGACCUGACUUCCCGGGGAAUGGGGGAUGGGGGAGGGGG